AUGGCGACUGUGCCUCAGAGGACUCUGAACUGGCUGUACAGCGUUCUCACAAAGGACCACCACGACCCCAAACAAACGUAUCUCGAUCCCAACCGCACGUACUACGAUGUCGCCAGGGCGCUCACUCAGUAUCCCACCCUGUCCCCUCGGACAGAUGUCUACACAUACGAGAACGGGUAUUCUGCUCUCCUCCUCCAUAUCGUGGGCACGCUUCCUGUUUCCUUCCGCGGCACGGUAUACAACUUUCCAAUAGCCUUAUGGGUGCCGAAUUCCUAUCCUCGAGAACCGCCGAUUGUCUAUGUCACUCCGACUCAGGAUAUGGCUGUUCGCAUCGGCCAACAUGUGACGCUGGAAGGCAGGGUGUACCACCAUUACUUGGCGCAUUGGGCGGAAGCAUGGGAUAAAUCUUCCCUUGUCGACUUUCUCUCCAUCCUGCGGGAAGUAUUCGCCAAGGAACCGCCGGUCAGAUACAAGCAACAGCAGCAGCAGCAACAGCAACCAAGACAGCCUGAGCCAGUUCAAACCCCGCCUCCUGUGCCUCCUUUACCGGCAGAGCUCGCAUCCUCGAGCUCUCCAACGCCUGCUCCGCAAGGUACAACACCAACGCCCCCUCGCCCUCCGAAGCCGGGACAAGCCGUUGCAUCCCCCGCAGAAGGUCGAUACAAUUCGCCUCCGCCAUUACCUCCAUUACCUCCGAAAGACCAAGACGCUAGACGUCUGUCCUAUCAGCCGCAAGCAAAUUUGAAUACCUUUAGCCAGCAUGUUUCUCAACAUGUUCCUGAAAGACCGUCCAACCUCGGGCGCGCGGUGCACGCUUAUCCAUCGCAACAGCCACAUCAACAAGCUGCACCUGCACCUGCAUUAGCACCGCCCUAUCGUCAGGGACCGACCAAUACCUUUCCAGUGCAAAGUAAUGCUUCCGGGGUACGCGUAUCACCGCAAGCCCCCCGUUAUGGAACUCAAUUUACAUCUUCACCUUCCCCUACCCAGCGAUUUCCCAAUCAGUAUCCUCCGCAGCAACCAACACAGCAGCAGCAGCAGCAGCUACCACCACACUAUCCUCAUCAAACACAGCCAGUCCAGCCAGCUCCGCCUCCAAGUAAAGUGGAAACCCCCGAUCUUCUCACGUCACCCUUUGAGCUUGAACUGCCGUCCUUUGCACCAUCGGGACCUGUCCCACCCAUCCCGCCGAAUCCGCAGAAAGACGCCCUCCUGCACGCAGUCGCGCGCACGGUCACCGAAACGCUGCAGUCGAAUGUGGCGCAGUCCAAGUGCGCGGCGCAGUCGCUCACGUCGCAGUCCCAGAGUCUCCUCGCGGCCAUCGCCACUCUGCAGGGCGAGAUGGCCGCCCUGCAGAGCUUCCAUUCAACCCUACAGUCGAACACGUCCAUUCUUCAGCAAUUCAUCCGGCGAGCCGACGGCGUCAUCGCCGAAGCCCAGGCGCGGAUCUCAUCGCCCGCUCCUCCUCCUUCAUCCGCAGCCUCUGCACCCGACGGGCCCUCGUCCUCCACAGGAUUACCACCCAUCGACGACCUCCUGGUAGCCCCGACUGUAGUAGGCAAGCAACUGUACGACCUGGUUGCCGAAGAGCGCGGCAUCGAGCAGGCAAUCUAUGCGCUGCAGGCGGCGCUGGUGCGCGGGAUCAUCGGCGUGGAGACUUGGUCGCGGCAUACGCGGGGGUUGGCGCGCGAGGCGUUCCUUAGGCGAGCUCUUAUUCGGAAGAUUGGUAAGGGGAUGGGAUUGGAGUGA